GUAUAUUGCCAUCAACAUACCCACACUCCAGUAUUGAAGUCGGUAUAUUGCCAUCAACAUACCCACACUCCAGUAUUGAAGUCGGUAUAUUGCCAUCAACAUACCCACACUCCAGUAUUGAAGUCGGUAUAUUGCCAUCAACAUACCCACACUCCAGUAUUGAAGUAG